AUGGCCAACGAGAAGAUGGAGAUGAGUGAAGUCGGGGUGACUCUCGUGUCUUCAGAGGUCAAGCCGCCUCCAGCCAGACCUCCGAAUAAAUUUGAGAGGGUGUUUCAGCCGUGUUUGGGCGAGCUGGUGGGGACGACUUUCUUUGUGUUUAUCGGAUGCGUGUCGGUGAUAGAGAAUGUGGAGUCUACAGGGAGGCUUCAGCCGGCACUGGUUCAUGGACUGGCUAUCGCUGCUCUGGUGGCGUGCAUGGCUGAGAUCAGGUGAGGAUAUUUCCUGUUUGAUUGAAAGCGUUACCUUUCUGCUUGUGUUAUCUCUAAAAGAUUUUUCUCUGUUUCUCCCUGCAGUGGUUCUCAUUUCAACCCUACUUUCACCUUGGCUAUAUAUCUGUGUGGAGGGAUGGAGAUGAACAUGGUGGCCCCGUAUGUUGCAUGCCAGCUGCUUGGAGGGGUUCUUGGAGCUGCUAUGGCAAAAGUAAGUUUUUUUUUUUUGUCUUGGAAAAUUAACAUUUAUUUUCAGACCGUCUCCAGCUGACCCCUUUGACGCCAACAGGCGAUGACUUUGAGGGAGAGCUUCACCAGAGUCCACGGUGCUGCGUUCGCCGUGCUGCAGCCAGACGCUGAAAUUGGAGGCGCCCUUUUUGGCGAGGUGGCCAUGACCUGCCUGAUCACCACAGUGUUGCUGCUCGGGGCUUUCAACGUCAAAACAAAAAAUCCCAUGGUGCCAUUCAUGGUGGGCUGCACUGUUAUAUUCACCAUCUUGGCAGGGUGAGUACAGAGAGGAAGUGUGCAAUAAUUAGCAAAGAUGCACUUGUGGUUUUUGAAGGUAGUAAAUUUUAUUCCAAAAUAUCUCAAUUUUACAUCAUUGUCAUACUUUCAUGCACCGAUAAUUGCAAACUCAUUGUGUUAUCUCAUCAUAUCCGUCUUAUACUUCAGUGGAGAUGUUUCUGGCACUUGUAUGAACCCAGCCAGAGCCUUCGGUCCAGCGGUUGUGAGUAACUACUGGACUCAUCAUUGGCUGUACUGGGUGGGUCCCAUCGUGGGUGGCCUAAUAGCAGCUAUACUGGUUCGGUGGGUGCAACAGAAAUUUAUAUUUAAGGUUUUGACUUGUCCUUCUUCAAACCUGACUAACUUUAUUGAAUUUCUGUCUUCUGUUUUCUCUCUUUUUUUUUGCAGGCUCCUCCUUGGAGACAGAAAGAUGCGAUUAAUUCUAAAAUAA